AUGGGCAGCCAGGGGAAAGCAUCAGCCUCUGGCUGGGUCAGAGCGGAGAAGGGCUCCUGGCUUAGUCAGCUGCCCCAUUUCCAGUUCAAGGAGAUAAUGAAGAGACGCAAACGCCAGCAGGAAAGGCUGGGCCCAGGAACAUACAACAUCAGGGACUUUCUGCAGGAGACACGGCCCUCCAGCCUCCGGGGGAUCUGCGACACGAGGGAGCAACGGUUCAGAGAUGUCCACAGGGACUGCUUCCCCGGUCCCGGCACGUACGGCCCCGGGGGGAACCCCUAUGCCCGCCUCGACGAGAGGGACAAGCACUCUGCCAGCACGCGAGGGCUGAUGGACAGCAGGGUGGUGAAGUGUGCCCUGCCGGCAGCCGUGGGCAGCGGCCUGGGACCUGGCACCUGCCUCCUGCGGAGCAGCAUCGACAAGGGGCUGCGGCGGCCGGGCAGCCCUUGCCCCCGCCAGCUCUUCUCAGGGGACAGACUGAAGCCCACUGGUGGUGGCCAUCACGCCUUGGAGGAUGGAGAAGGUACCAAGCUGAGCACUGGCACUGUCAAGGGUUUCCUGGACGAGCUGAAGGAGAACAAGAAGAAAGGCUGCUUCAGCACCCUGCCAAGGAACCCAGGCUGCCCCACGGAGAGGAUCUUCUGGGCCACGCUCAGCCAGUGCCCCAGGGAGGCGUAUGCAGUGGGGCCAGGCUCCUACAACCCUAGGCCUGUCGAGAGAUCAACGUACUCCAGCCAACCCCCAUUCUGGUCAUCUGCCAAGAGAUUCGACAGAAAGUUCUACCGCCUCUUUACUGGGAACGAGCGGCAUCAGCAGCAUGUUGGAGAGCCAGUGCAGAACCCUGUAGAUGUUGGUCGCUAUGACAUCACCAAGCAUGAAAAAUACCCUCAGAUGAUGAGAUACCAGUCCCUGUACCGGUGUGAUGCGCAGCGGUACCUGAGCAACUUGAAGCGGGAUGCCUACCUGUUUGAGCGGCUCAAGCCUGUUGCUAAAAACAACUGGAGUGAUUUGAUUUCUGCUCCACGUUGUCCAGAUACCUCUGAAGAAAUCACUGCUGUUUUCCAAACCUAA